AUGAUUACAAUUAAGUUAGCGGCCUUUGAGUUCUGUCUCCCAGAAAAAAAGGCAGCGAUGUUGGCGAGGAUUGAGUUGAAUGCGUCGCUGGCGCUAUACUCCGCCAAAGUUCCAGAUGGAAACCUCAAUAUAUUUCUUGAGUCCUUGGAAAAUAUAAUUGUAUCCCUGUCAAAGUAUAAUCUACCUAUUGUGAUCUGUGGUGACAUAAACAUUGAUGUAUUGGUGGAAGGUAUACCACAAAAAUAUUUGGAUAACCUGCUCAGGUCAGUAGAUUGCCUCUAUAUUAACAAGGAACCUACUAGAGGGUUAAAAUGUCUGGACAAUGUGAUCACUAACCUCCCUAGAGACAAUAUUCAUGUUAAUGUUUCCCUGCCUCCUCUCUCUGACCAUGCUGGUUUGAUUGUGGAGGUCAUGUUUACCCAAGCAGGCACUGAUAAAGAAUUAGGCCUACACUCAAAAAUUGACUCAAGACUAUUUAACAAAGCAAAUGUUGCUAACUUUGUUAAACACGUGUCUGCAAUUGACUGGUCGUUUCUUAAUAACGUAUCUAAUGGUAGGUCUUUUGAGUUAUUCAUGGAAAAGUUCCGUGAAAAACUAGAUUUAUGUAUUCCCAUCAAACCGGUAAAGAAAAAUCCUCAUGUAAAGCGCCGUGGAACUGGAAAUGCUUGGUUCACAAAUGACCUCCGUCAGCUUCGUGAAGAAACUUUAACAUGUUACCAUAAUUUAUUAUGGGCGUCCAAGUACAACAUCAAUGUGGGAUUCUUCAAGCAGACCUACAUGGAUGCUAGGAAGGACUAUAAAGCAGCCAUUAAAGAUGCUAAACUUCACUUUAACGCCAAGUUUAUCGAAUCGUCCUCCAACAAAUGUAAGACAGCCUGGUCCGUUAUAAAUUCAGCCAGGAUUAGCUCCAGCAAGGCGGGCGUUGUACCCAUAACUGCGGAUGAAUUCAACCAUUACUUCAUCUCAUCUGUGGCGGAUGUUCAGAAAACUGUCAAUCUCAAUCAACCUGCUUCUACUUACCUGCUCAACAAUUUUGCUGUACCCGAGGUCACCUUCAGAUGGAAGCCAGUGAGCUGUGAUGAUGUCGCAAAGUUGAUACUAAACAUGAAAAGUGGAAAUUCCAAAGACAUAUAUGGUAUCAAUAGUGAUUUUGUAAAGGAAGUGGCCCACUGUAUAGUGGCACCACUUACACAUUGCAUAAAUGAUUGCUUCACUAGUGGUGUCUACCCCUUGUGCCUGAAAUCCUCAAAAACUGUACCAAUCUACAAGAAAGGUGACACAAGUUCUCCAGGAAGCUACCGGCCGAUCUCUGUGGUGCCUUGUUUUUCCAAAAUCGUUGAAUCAGCAAUGAAACACCAGCUUAUAAAGCGACGCAACUGCGGUGGCGAGGCAAGCGACAAUCCACGACCGCCCCCGUGUGACAGUCACCGCGGCCCGCGACUGGCCACUCCAGUCGCGCACCCCCACCACUAG